AUGCUUUCAUUUGUACAGGAAGUGGCGUUCGAACGCACAUUAGACUGUUCACCAUGGAUCGAUCACAACGACAUCGCUGGCGUUCUUCGCAACUACUACGACCUCCUGGCGGAUCCGAAGACUCGUCGCUUGCUUCUUCAGCAGACACAGACACUGCUCACAUUAGAGACCCGGAGGUGGGUGUGGAAGGACGCCCAAAUCACCGUCCACGGCCCCCGCAUGGAGGUGGUGUUCUUCUCCGGCGACAGAACCAACAAGUACGUGGUGCACCUCGACGGGGAUGAUCGUCCGAUCAACAGUGUGGUAGAAAAGGGUUGGCGCCUGUGGCUCACUGAUGGCGUCUGGGCUGUUGUGACAGCCCCCUGGAGACUGUUAAAAGGGCUGGCUGGAGCUAUCAGGGGCUCCGACAAAAAGGCUAUUGAAAAUGAAUAAUAGACAUCCAGAGUAUUA